UUCUGUUCUAUUAAACCCGGAAGUUGUCAGUGCAACAACACUUGUAUCACACAAAAGAGACGCAUGUAACGUCCAUAAGGAUAACCCCUUCCUCUUUGGACGUCCACAGUGCCCACCCACGAGCUACUACAGGGGACAGGACUGCAUACGAAUUUUUGCACACGCGUGUGGUGCAAAGAAUCCUGAUAAUCUGAGGUCUACGCAACUUCGCAAGCACAUUGCAACAUUGUCCCAAAUUCUCAAUCUCAAAAAUAAUGAGCUGGACCAACUUGCCAAUUUCUUGGGCCACGACAUUCGGGUCCACAGAGACUUUUAUCGUCUUCCGGAGGCAACUAUAGAAAUGGCAAAAAUCACAAAGCUUCUACUUGCAAUGGAAAAAGGAACUCUUGCAAAAUUCCAGGGAAUGUCUCUUGACGAGAUUGAGGUUGAAGCUGAAUUGGACCCAGAGCUGGAAGAUGGAGAUGAUGAAAGCGAUGGAGACGACGAAGGCGACGACGACGGAGGCUGUGAAGGUGACGACGGAGGCUGCGGAGGUGACGACGGAGGCGGCGGAGGCUGCGAAGUUGACGACGGAGGUGACGACGGAGGUGAUGACAGAGGCGGCGGAGGCGACGACGGAGGCGGUGGUGAAGAGUCAGAUUGUCCCCUUGGACUAAGAGGUAUGUCUUGA